AUGGCCUGUGUCGGUGCUGCGAGUGUCUGCGUGGACGUUGACGCUCUCUUCUCGAAUCACUGGGAGAAGGAUGACUCUCUGAAUCGUUUCGUCUGCAGCCUGAUCUCCCUUCCACGCCUGGUCGACUUCAAGUGGACCAGCUCAAGCAAUCAAGUUGCAGCAAAGGCUGUUCCUGUUGUGGAUGAGCCGCCUGCUGUCAAGAACGAGGUCCCUGUUGUCCAUGUGGAGGUUCCUCCUGUCCCUGUGGAGGUUCCUGCUGUCCUUGUGGAUGUUCCUGCGGUCCCUACGGAGGUUUCUGCUGUCUUGGAGGUUCCUGUUGUCUCUGUGGAGGUCCCUGCUGUCCCUGUGGAGGUCCCUGCUGACCUGGUCGAAACUGCUGCGUGCUCAGUUGGAACCGCUGCCCUAUCAACUGAGCUCGUUCCUCCUUUCUCGGCUGCUGCACCUCGCUCCUCGGCUGAAGCAGUGUCCAGUUCGACUGAGAGCUCGAUUUACUCAAUUGAAAAGGCGUGGUGGUUGGCUGUUCUGGAACCAGAGGAGGUGGCUUCUUCGUUCCUAGUCGCAGAGCCGUACCACGAUGUGAUGAUGGGUACAAAGUCACUCAAAGGUGCGAUGGUGGGUGCAGAGGCGGGCAGUAGGCGGUGCAGCUUGAGUCGGAAUGAGAGUGCGUGUCUCAUCGAUCUCACCUGGGAUACCUGCUCCUUCUCUUCUAAUAGCCUCUGCAGUGCACAGACGGACUUGUUCACAGAGGCAGCCGGUAGUAAGAGGGGGAUUGGCCAGGGUAACAGCAGCACUGCGAAGGGCUGGAAUGUGGAGGCGAAAGGGCUUGGGAAGGCUGAUGAAAUGGCUACUUUCUCAAACCAGCUCUGUGGGUUUGAUGAUGAGGAUGAAGAUGACAUCAGAGGAGGUGGCUACACGGUCUACGGGACAGGGAAUGUGUGCUACAUGAAUCAACUGUACAUGGAUGAGGAGGAUGAGGAGUAG